AAACACAGCUGAAUUACUCAGGCUCAAAUAGAACAAUGUCCCCCUCCCACUCUUGACCACACUACUCACUCUGUCCGUUAGUUACUCAGAAGAUGUUGCUUUCAAUAGUGGUCGCUUUGGAGGCUGCCCUUGCUGGGAUCACUGCUUUGUUGACACUCUGCUGGGUUCUUGGAUUCUCUAGUUACUUCUUUGGAGACGAUCGAACAAAAUCCAAACUUACAGAAGAAAAACCAGGACCUUCAACUUCCUUCAGGGCUUCUCCAUUUUCUGGUGACAGAACUGGAGAUUCUGGAAGCUUGGAAGAUAGUACAGUCGCCAGUGAAAGCACUACAACCACUGUUAAGGAGGAAGCACAAGCAAACAAUACAGCAUCUCGGAGAUCUGACUCCAGAGCUGGCUCCAGAUCUGACUCCAGAGCUGGCUCCGUCCAUUCAAGUGCAACGGGUCACAACCAGAGUUUAAGUGCUUUAAAAGUUCAAAAGACAGAAACAGUCGUUUCUUCAGGUGGAGAUUAUGAUCCUUGGGGUACUGGGGGACUGGCCUCUGCAGAUCCUUACAGGGCAGAAAGUGAUGGCACCACUACAGCGCUCGUGGAUGGGUAUAGUCUUAUGAAGACCAAAGAAGACAACAAAACACCAGUGAUUGAGGAGGAUGAAAUUGCUCUGGGGGGAGAUGCUACAAACUUUAUUCAUGCAUUUCGUGAAGCAACUUCGAAAUCUUUAGGCGUCCCAAUGAGGAAUUUCUAUCAUAACAUUUCUGGAAGGUUCGCUAAAAAUUUUUUAAAGAAACCUAAAAAAUCUGGUGCUGACCAUAGGAAUUGGUCAGGAAAACUUAACACUUUAGUAACAGUGGAAACAACUGUUUUUCCUCCUAAAAUGUUUCCAUCUAAGGAAAGGGUUUUGCAUCGUCCUUUGGCCAUGCAGUCAACUGUAUCACUUGGUAAAAGACCUUUGUCUCAAGGAGUGUUAUCCAGAAGCCCUUUACAAUUAGCACUACCUCGUGAGCCGAAAAUUUCUCCAGUACAAUCUCCAUCGCAACCCUCAGUUCAUCUUACACCUUCAUCUCCAGUUUCAAAGCCUCAGCAAAGGCAUUUUUUGAAACGUCUUUUCAAAAAUAAAGUGACAGGUACACCAAAACCUCAGGGCACGCCAACUCAGCUUCAAGUAUCAUCUAAAACCUUCUCACUUGAUUCUAAAGUUUCACCCAACAUUCCUCCUAAACGAAAACCUAUCUCACUGGUUAAUAUUCUUCCUAAAAGAAAACCUAUUUCACCACUUAAUAUUCCCCCUAAAAGAAAACCGAUUUCCCCAGUUAAUAUUCCCCCUAAAAGAAAACCGAUUUCCCCAGUUAAUAUUCCCUCUAAAAGAAAACCUAUUUCACUAGCUAAUAUUCUUCCUAAAAGAAGAACUAUUUCACCAGUUAAUAUUCUUCCUUCAGUUAAUGUAUUUCCACCUACAGCAGAAAAUCAGACAGAGACAGCAGCAAUUAGUUUAAAGCUGGCAACAACAGGUGGUGCAGCUGAAACACAUGUUGCCCGACCCCGGUCACCGAUUCCCAAAAUAAAAGUACCUGGUUUUUUUUCUAAACUUUCAUCUCCAAAACGUCCUGUUUUGUCGACUUCUCAAUCUGCACUUCAGUAUUCGAUGUCUCCUUCAUCUGUAGAAUCUCAAAUGCUCCCAGUAGAGCAAGUGACGAGAAUAGGUUCUCCAAGCACGAUAACAGUUAGAAAAUAUGUUUCUCAACCUGCACAAAGACGAAUCUCACCGGAAAAACAGCGUUCCACACCCUCAGGCAUUUUACACCAAAGGUUUUCUCCACAACCAGCUUUGAAAAAAUCCUACGUUUCUACCCCAACACCAGUUUCUACACAUAGUCCUCCUCCUAAACCACCACCUCCAAAAAGACCAAUUUCACCAAUGUAUCAAAAGUUCACACCUUCUUCAGUUACAGUUAAUCAAAGAUCUUUGUCACAGCCAGACACGAAACCUAUAUCUCCUAUCAAAUCAACAUUCACAAAAAUUACACUACCUCCCACACCUUCAUCUUCGAAACGAUCGACUUCUCCAGCUUGUCAGUCUUAUCUUCAAGGUUAUGAUUUGGUGAAAGAAACUCCUGUUGGACCACCUCCCAAACCUCCGCCUCCAAAAUUUAUGAAACAACGAUAUCAGAGUCCAACAACAUACUCUGAAAUAAUGAUAACUGAAACUCCACCUACACCAGUGACGAGACCUCACAGUGUCCCAGCAACUCUGUUCACUUCCUCUACACAAGCUCUAAGUCAAAAACGUAUUCUUUUACAACCUGCACGUACUUAUAAAACAUCUAUAACACGCAGAUCUGUGACCCCAGUAGGGAGAUUUAGUUCUUCACAACCUCUACAGAUACCACAGCCCCUACAACAACAUAAUUCUAGGUUGUCUCAAAGUUCUUAUGGGGAAACUCCUGUUUGUAGAAGUGUUUCUCCUUCACGAUUGCAAGCAUCACAAAAUCAAUAUUUUGAUAGAAUGGCCAACUACAGAAAAGCAGUAGAAAGAGACACAAACUCUAAAAUGUUUGAAUUUAAAAGCAACAUUUAUCCAGAAGACUUCAAUGCAAUUUCUCAAGCUGUAAAUCUCAUGUCUGUGGAUAUAUCCCAGCCUGCUAUUGUCAAUCAACAAAUGCGAGGUUCCGAUACUGUGUUUGACCAUUCUAUACAAAGUCCUGAAACACAGGAACUUCUCAUUGAUGACAAAAGGUCAAACUUUCAGACAAACAGUCAAAAUGAAUAUACUGUUCAUCCAACAACGUACAGUCAUCCAUAUGAUCUACAGAAACCAGAGAAUCGUGAAUCUGGAUUCUAUGCUGUGAGAAAUGGUACUACUCAAGCCUUGCGUGUAGUUAGUGGCCAUGCAUUAACUGAUGUCAGGCCUUCAGUUCAAUCAGAAGAGAUUACUGCAUACAACAAACUGAAGCCGAAACCUCCGAGGCCACCACGCCCAUCAACCCCCUUAGAUCGAACUACAAGAAUGGUGUCAACAAAUCUUCAAACACAAUAUUCAGCACAAAUGGGCAAUAAAGGACUAAUGCCAUAUCAAAGAGUACGAAGAGAGGAAAGGAAAAGGCCUCACAGUGUUACACUACCAGUGUCAAGAGGCAGAAGAAGUCUGCCAUCAACAAAUAGGGUUUCUUCACUAUCAAGAUCAGUAACAAAACCUGAGGCACCUCGACAACAAUAUACACAAAAAAGUGAAGUUCAUCAAAUUUUAAAACUAGGUUAUCCAGAGUACAGAACAUUGGGUGGUUCUCAAGGAGUUAUCUGUGUAGAUGGCGAUAUAUCCAAGGAUGAGGACAAGGAGGUGGAAAUGACAUUAUUAGCAGCAGCAUCCAGACAAGGUGAUGAGAAAGGUAAUGCACUUCAACUUGAGACUAAAGAGAACCAAAAUAUCCAAACUUCUCCUCCAGAGUAUCAUUCAAAGGGUAAGCCUCCAAGACCUUCUCCUCCAGAGUAUCAAUCGAAAGAUAAGCCUCCAAGACCUUCUCCUCCAGUGUAUCAACCAAAAGCUAUUCAAGAUUAUCAAAGAAGUUACUUACUUCCACCUGAAGAAAGAAACAAGGAUAAAAAAUCAAUUUCUGAAGAACAACCUACACCACCAGUAAGAUCAAAACAACAGAAAUUAUCCCAGGAUAAUUUUGAAGUUUGUGACAAAGUAGAUAAGGAAAAACAAUUAAUUUCAACAAAAAAAACGUUGUAUAACCAGGUUUACAAAACAGCAGAAACUACAAAACUAGAGAUGCCACAAAAUAACAUAUACCAAAACUUGCUUCUACACAAAUCUGAAACAGACCCUGUUCCGCCACCACUUCCUCCUAAACUUUAUCCCAAAAUAUCGUUGUCCGACAAACACAGUCAUAUUCCUCCUAAAUUUCCAGAAAAAUCGUUAACAAGUUUACAGAUUGUCAAAGACAAACAAACCACUUCUGAUAUAUUGAAAGCCGAUAAAAGUGUACUUAUUUCAAGCAAUACCUUAAAAGAUUUUUACCCACAUGACGAAAAUAGAAUAACAUCUAAAAAUAAAUCUGUGUUAUCUGGAAAUGUGUCUGGCAUCAGGAGUAAUGAUACAGGUACACAGCUAGAGUCAAAAGAGAGAAGGCAUUAUGAAAAUGUAAUUUUUCACGAUAAAACUAGUAGUCCAAAAAGGAUUUAUAGAGAGCGAUGGUCGAAGUCGCCAAGUCUGGAAGAUAGUGUAAGAGCUACUGGAAAUCUUCAUGUGAGAAAAGAUGAUGCAUGCUGGUCUGAAAACAGUGAUUUUUCUGGCGGGAAUGCAGACAUUGACAGCUCAGUGAGCUGCUCAGAUUACGAAGCUCUACGUAAGUUUAGGUGGUAUAACAUUGGUUCGACCACAGUGAAAGGGACCCAGGAUGAUAUGAAUACUUCAAAAUCGAGACAUCCAAGAUUGAAAAGUGAAACGGUGAAACGUCACCACAGAGCAAACAGACAGCAACAUCUCCAAAGAGGUCCCUUGGAUUCCUCAGAAUCAGUAAGUGAUGACGAGGUAGUUAAUGAGGUAAGCGGGAAGACCCAAGUGAAGUCUACAGAACUGGUAGAACAGCUCAGAAAGAAACUUUCAAAUCUCAGUGAAUCAGAAGACACAGAAGACCACCUGGACCUAACGAGAAAUGUUUCCAAGGAUAAAGAAGAAACUGCUACAGAAAGGCAAAUACAGUCUCAAGAAAUAAAGACUUCUGAUGUUCGACAGGGAGAAAUUGGUGACUUUAGUUCUUCGGCAUCUUUGUUUAGUUCACAUUCUUCAGCUUUUUUUGACUCAUCGUCAGAAGAUUCGGAAGGUGAAGUGGACUCUGAAGAUAUAGAUGAAGAAGAACGGGCUAAUGCAAAAAGAGAGAGAAAAUUAUACCGUAUUGCCGAAGAACUUGUAACCACGGAAGAAAAAUUUGUGGUUGCUUUACGAUUAUUGAACGAGGAUUUCAGGAAAUUUGUGAAUCAGGCAAACAAACUGAGUGAUGAACCGGUGGUACCAGAAGAAAAUUUGAACCAAAUACUCCGACACCUUCCCGAGUUACAAAAGCUCAAUGAAUCUUUGUUAAAAGAGCUCCAGAAAAGAUUGGAGGAAUG